GACUCUCCCGUGUCCCGACACUCUCCCAAAACCUAAGUGUCGACCAUCCAUACUCCAUCUACUAUGAAACGUAGCGGGUCUCAAUCAUCGGGAUCCUCACGCUCAGCAGCCUACACGGAGAGGAACAUGUUUCCCUCGUAUGAGGACCUUUUCUAUCAACCACCAGUGCCUGACGUAGACCAAGAGCCGAAAGUGAUGAAUGGGUUUCUGCAUGAUGAUGACGAAGAAGGUACAAUCCGUGAUUUCCUUGACGAGAUGCGCGACUGGUACUUGGAGCAGUCGGAGGAGUCUGUGAGCCGCUUUCAAAAGCCAUUGCCUCCUCCUCCAGUGGAAGAGUCAGACGACGAAGACGCAAUCCGGAAGCCAUUUGGUGCAGCUCGUGCAUUGCGAAAAAGAAUAGCAGAAUCGAAUGAACAUUUUCCAACGAUAAAUUCGACGUCUCCGUUACGCCUGAAAACGUCCACACCAUCCACACCGUCUACGUUCUCAACAGAACCAAAGACUCCAACGCUCGCGGUUCCUUUUAGGCCAUUUGCAGAUGUUCCACAAUCACCCAUCUCAGAGGUAUCUGUGGUUUCGCCUUAUGUUUCACAGCCUCUUCAAUCUUCUGUGCGAGCACGAUCAUCCUCUUUGUCGGCUCUGAAAGCUUCUCGAUCGGAAAUGCACCUCCGCCGACCACCACCAUUAAAGCCUUCUUCAAAGUCAUUGGGUGCGGUAAACGAUCAUGUCCUCCUGCAUCCCGGUUUCAACAAAUCUUUCUCGGCUCCUAAUACCCCAACGGCCGCAGAAUUUAUGCAAGCAAAGGCCGAGAGACAACUACAUGCACCCAAUGUGCGCCAUUUACCGUAUGGUAACCCGUCAAAUCAUUUGGGUCCUGUGGAUUCACGCUUGCGUGCCGCUACCUCAUGUUGGUCAUUAUCGACCGCUGCACAAGAUGACAAUUCGCCUCCGAGUCCGCUUUCUCCUGUUCAGCCGGAGACACCUCGGAAGGGUCUUCCACGAUCGCCUUCACGUUUAGGUCUGAACUUAAGCUUCUCAAAGUUUGAUUUCACGAAACUUGUGCGCUUCCCGUCUCGCAGCAGUAACAAGAAGCGGCUCGUAAUCAAGGGUGUAGCGUCGGGCGCAGAAGCCGCCGUUCAGAGCGUCAAGCAAUGGUGUGAGGUAUAUGGCGCUGUUGACCGACUAUCCCAAAAAGCUAACGGCGAGAUUCACGUUCAUUUCCGCAAUCGUGCUGUCGCUGAUAGAGUGUGCCGCACUCACACGAACGUAAUAAUUCCUGAGGUCGGCAUCGUCUCGCUGACCUAUGCGAGCGGGGGCAAGCAAAAGUAGCUUGUCAUCAUCCUUGUCGGGUCCCGGAAUCGACUCGAAUCAGCACCCAAUCCCGCUUCUAGUUUCGCAGCCGAUUCAGCAGUUAUGGAUUUCGUUUCCCUGAGGGCUUACCUGCUUCCGUCUAUUUCCGCACCCUUGUUUUGUGUCCCUCUGACGUAAUUCUGUAUACGUGGAGGUGUACUCCAUUGGAUUCACUCGUCUGGCUCAAUCCGAAUUAACCUUCGGUUCAUUUAGCCUUCCUUGCAUAGACAUUACCGUCUCAACUCACUCAUUACCACUCCUUUCCUGGUUUUUGCAUGUACCUAUUGGCGGUCCGAGACGCCCUCCGAUCGAUAUUCUUCCCUUCUCUUCCUUAGCCGUCCUCGGCUUCAGUCCAUUCUUUCAUCUUUCAAUCUUCACAUCUUACCAACACUCGUUUCAAUGCUUCUCCUUUGUUCUCUUGUUGUAAGGUGGAGCUGGGCACCUCGGACGCUGUUUGAGACAUGCGGACGCUGUACUGUCCAUCUUUUAGACUCCCGUCCAUUGUUUCCCCCUUGACGCAUCUAAAUUCUCCAACAUUAUACACUAGGCACUGCUGGCGCCAGUGCACGGAACCCUUGACUGUUGUACGUGGAGCGCGGGGACGACUCCACUUGCUGGAGACCAAAAAAAUUACUACUAGGAUGUAUAAGGAAUCCUGUUGUAUGUAUAGCGAGCAAUGUAGUAGUAAAGUAUCAAAAGGCCCU